AACGAAUUUCGCCGGACCUAGACGCGCUAUGCCACUGUGGCAGAUAACUAUUAACUAAUAUUAAUUAAUAAUUAUUAACUAAUUUAAACUAACUUUAUGGCAGAUAUUCGUUAAUAAUUAUUAAUAAAUGAAUUAAAAUUAAAUUAUACAUAUUAUAUUUAUAUAUAAUUGUAAAUACAAAUGUCAUUUAAAAUAUUUGUAUAAGAAAUUAAACGGUUUGUUUUCAUUUAAUAUAAUGUCUGAUUUAGUACUUAUUAUUAGAGAUACUGCUUAAUGCCUACCUAUCAACUAUAUAAAAGACCAACUUAGUAUAGUUGAAUGGAAGCCAAAAUUAACAUUAAUGAUUCUGGAAAUACAGAAUUAUUACCUAGUAAAAAGGAAGAAUCAUCAAGAAAACUCCUAUGGGUUGAUAUAAGUCAUUUUUCAGAACUGUGGCAGUUUUUAAUAUGUUCAUUAGUUGUAUUCAUUUUUUUUAUACCUUAUGGAUACUUACAAGAAGCAAUAUUUGCAAUCAAAGGUUUUAAGCCAUUUGGAUGGUAUCUAACUUUGGUACAAUUUUUUAAUUAUUCAAUUUUUGGAUUAAUAGAAAGUCAAUUCAAUAAUACUCAACGAAGGAUACCAUUAGUCUUGUAUCUUUUAUUAGGACUGAUAUUAUUAGGUUCAAUGGGGUUUUCAAAUGCUUCACUUGGUUACUUAAAUUAUCCGACACAAGUUAUAUUUAAAUGUUGCAAACUAAUACCAGUCAUGAUUGGUGGAAUAUUAGUACAACAAAAAGUGUAUAAAGCUAUUGAUAUAGUAGCAGCAUCAUGUAUGUGUGCAGGAUUAAUAUUGUUUACCUUAGCUGAUAAUAAAGUGUCUCCAGAUUUCAAUCUUAUAGGUAUAAUUUUGAUAAGUUCUGCACUAUUUUGUGAUGCACUCAUAGGAAAUUUUCAAGAAAAAAUGAUGAAAAAACAUAGUGCAUCCAAUGCAGAAAUUGUUCUAUAUUCCUACUUUGUAGGAUUUGUAUAUUUGUUAUUUAUAUUGUUAAUUAGUGGACAACUAAGAGAUGGAACAGAAUUCUGCAUUCAGAAUCCAGUGACUUAUGUAUACAUAUUUUUGUUUUCACUCUCUGGAUUUUUUGGAGUUCAAGCUGUACUUGCUUUGAUUAGAACUUGUGGUGCUUUAGUUGCUGUAACUGUAACUACAUGUCGGAAAGCUGUUACAAUUGUGAUAUCAUUUUUAUUGUUUUCAAAGCCCUUUACAUUUCAAUAUGUUUGGGCUGGAUUACUAAUUGUGUUAGGAAUUUAUUUAAAUGUUUUGGGAAAAACAAAUCAGUUUGACUCAAAAAUGAUUUUUAUGAAUUCGAAUAAAGUAUUUGGAAAUUUAAGAAAACGAAGAAAAUCACCGAUGAUAGUUUGAUUUCUAGAAUAAUAAUUUACUUAAAAUAACUACUUAAAUUUAAUAAAAACAACCAUGCAUUUCUUUGUAUUGUAUAAAUUUAACAAGUAUCGAUUUAGUAGAAUUUUUAGUAUAAAAAAGUUUUUAUUUAUUAUCAGAACUUUAUAAAUUUUUUAACUACCUACUUAAUAAAAUUGAUUAUAAAUCAAAUAUAAGUUUUUGUAUAUUAUUGAUGCAUAGUGACUAAUAUAAGCAAUCUAAUUUUCAAUAGGGACAACCCAUCAAAUCAAAUAUUAUAAAACAAGCUUAUCAUGCAAACAAAUUCAUAGAAAUAAAAAAUAAAAAAUCAAUAAAAUUGGAAAAUAAUUAAAAGCUAAAAAUAUUUCUAAAUUUGUUGUGUCUAUACCCCUGACUAUAGUCGGUAAAAUAAGGACAGGGGUGGAGUGGCCCACGGGCAACCAGGAAAUUUCCCGGUGGCCUGGAUUGCUUAUACAAAAUGUGGCUCAUUUAUUUCUAUUCAAUAAUUUUGUGAUGCAUUUAAUUUUUGGUUAUAAAUGUGUAAUUUUUGAGUUAAAAUUAGAAGAAUAAUAAAAAAAAAUAAUAAAUGAUAAGUUCAACUAAUAGGGUUAUUAAUAACUUAUUAUCAUUCCAUAUUAGGUAGGUAUUAUUGAAUAUUAUAAUUCUGUAAAUAAUUUUUUUUUUUUUAAAUGUUUGGUUUUCAUAUUUUGAUUUAUUAGUACUUAUGUAAUUUUGAACUAUAUUAUAGUCUGUAUAGUUUCACAAUUUUAAAUUUUCUUUUUUUAUAUAUAAUAAUAAAAAAUUACAGUAUUUUCUACCCUUAAAUAUCUAAAAAAUAGAUUGAAAAAUUCAAUGGCAAACGAUAAUCUAGAAGCAUUUAUGUUGAUGUCUGUAGAAAAAUCAAUCCUUAUAGAACUAGAUAAUGAUAUUAUAAUUAUUGAACUGGGUUCUAAAAGUAAUCUUUUAAGUAAAUUAUUAUUGUAAUAACAUUAACAAUUAUUAUUUGUUAAAUAUAUUGCAUGUUAUUGCUUCUUAAUAAGUAUAAGUUUUGAUACUAAAUAAGAGGACAUGCUAAACAUUGUUAA